CAAUAAGGUUUUUUGAUAUAAAUGUCGUCACAUACAUUUAGCCAGAAAAAGUUUAUUCCUACACCACCACAGAAAGGCAGUUUCCCUUUGGAUCAUGAAAAUCUUUGUAAAAAAUAUUAUUUGCAUUACAUGACCUGUCUACAGAAAAACGACGAUAACAGCAGUAGGUGCAGGGACGAGGCAAAGGAGUAUUUGGGCUGCCGCAUGAAUAAUCAGUUAAUGGAAAAAGUUGAAUGGUCCAAAUUAGGGUUUGACAAUCAAACAGACCAUUCAUCAAAUAAAAACAAUUAACAUUUCUUUUUAUAAUUAUUUAAAA